AUGAUUGUUUGCUUUCUCGGUGUUUAUAUUAACAUCAGUCGAUUGUUAACAUUCGCCUGUUUUCUAAUUGUUUUUGCUAUCGUUCAAUCUAAACUGUUACUUGCCGUUGAUGCAUCUUCUGGUUUUAAACAAUUUUCCAAUUCAUCAUUGAACAAUACGCUAACAUUAGAUCAGGCUGAUUUUUCACUUAACAUAACAGAAAUUUGUAUAGCUGAAGUAAUUAAUGAAACUUUACCUUAUUAUUCAUUGCCUUAUCGAAUAUUUGCUGGUGCACUAGUUGUUCCAAUUACCAUUUGUGCCAUAUCGGGCAAUAUUCUUGUCAUUCAUGUUAUUAAACAUUAUCGUGCACUACGUAUGACAGGUAACGUUUUUCUUGCUUCAUUGGCUGUCGCUGAUGUUGGUGUUAGUACAUUAGCUAUGACAUUCUAUGGACUACAAUUAAUUCAAGGCAGAUGGAUUCUGGGAGCGUUUAUGUGUCGUUUAUGGUUCUCAUGUGAUGUUCUUUUUUCGACGGCAUCAAUCAUGCAUUUAGCUUGUAUAGCAUUAGAUCGUUAUUUAUCUAUUGUACGUCCAUUUAAACAUGAAAAUUCAUCAUCAGAUCGACGUCGUUAUGGUAUGAUAGCUGGUUGUUGGAUUGGAUCAGCUAUACUUUCAUUUAUACCAAUAUUUACUGGUAUAUAUACGACAGUUGAACAACGACAAAAGAUAAGUUGUUUAAAUCGUGUUCGUGGUCGUUGUAUAUUUGCUGUUAAUCAAGCAUACGCUAUUGUUUCAUCGUCUUUUUCAUUUUGGGUUCCUGGCGCUGUUAUGAUUAUUAUGUAUGUCAUGUUAAUACGAAUAGCUGAUAAAAAAGAAAGAGAAGCAUAUAAAUUAAUGGAUUCUUUUGCUCCACGCCGUCGUUUUUCACCACAUAAUCAAUAUAAUGUUCAUCAACGAUCUAGUGAUGAUCAAGCGCUUGUUGAAACAACGCCCACAACAAAUCAAUCGCGUCGCACUAAUAAAUUGGCAACAACAGCAACAUCACCAGCAGCAGCAGCAACAACUGCAUCAGCAUCAGCAUCAGCAUCGGCAACAACAACAACAGCAAACGGUUCCUAUAAUACCCAUCGCCGUUCAGAAAAACAUGAUAGUUUUGAUACAAAUAUGGAACGACAACCGUCUAUUGAUUUACCUGGAAAUUAUCUUGAUCCUCGCAAUAGUAAAUUGAAACAUUUAAGACGUGAACGUCGUGCCGUUAAAACGUUAGGUGCGAUCAUGGUUGCAUUUUUAAUAUGUUGGCUUCCAUUUUUUGUUCGAUAUUCGGCGUGCGAACCGGAUCGUUGCAGGUGGAAAUUCAUGCCAAUCAUAGAAGAUAUUGUCUUUUGGGUUGGUUAUUUUAAUUCAAUGAUUAAUCCAUUUUUAUAUGCUUUUCAUAAUAGAGAUUUUCGAACUGCUUUUCGAAAAACUCUGUGUAAAUAUUUUGUCUGUUGUCGUCAACGACGUGCAAGUAAAUCUAGUAACGUGCCAUUACCACCUGCAACACCUAGUGUGGAAAUGCAAAGGACAGGUUCGAUAAGACAAAAAGCGAAAUCUUGUAAGAAUCCAAUAAAUUCGACAACAAAUAUACAUGAGAAAAAACUUAUAAAUACAAAUAAAAUCAUUCAAGGAAAUAGUGAACUUGAGACACCAAAUGGACUUGAGGCGCCAAAUGGAUAUUUGACUGGUGGCCAAAAUAGUAUACCAUCAAACCAUAGUUCGAUUCUUUAG